AUGAGCGACUGGCAAUUGGAAUGUACGGAAUUAAAACAAAGGGGUGCAUAUCUCCUGCAAUCUGGGCAAUGGUCCGACUGUACUUUUUUAGUGGGCACAGAACCUCAUCAAGUUGUUAUAGCCGGCCACAAAUUGAUUUUGGCGAUGUCAUCUCCCGUGUUUGAAGCAAUGUUCUAUGGUGGUAUGGCGGAAAGAAACGAUCCUAUACCUAUUUUGGAUGUGCAAAUUGAUGCAUUCAAAGCACUGCUGGAAUAUAUCUAUACAGGGAACAUAAAUAUUAGUUCUUUUGAUAAAGCCUGUGAACUCUGCUACGGAGCGAAGAAGUACAUGCUGCCACAUCUAGUAAAAGAGUGCACAAGAUAUCUUUGGUCAGACCUGUACCCAAAGAAUGCGUGCAGAGCAUAUGAGUUUGCAAGGUUGUUUGAAGAAAAUGUACUUAUGGAAAAAUGCAUACAGAUAAUAAGUACAAAUACAAAAGAAGUUUUAAAUGACAGCAGUUUUGAAGAUGUGGAACUGAAUACAGUGAUUACAGUAUUUUCUCUUGACCAUCUGAAUGUGGACAGUGAGCUUGACUUGUUUGAAGCAGCAGUGAGAUAUGCUAAGGCUUUAGACAAGAGAAUGUCUGAAAGAAGUGUCAGUCCACCAACAGAGGUUAUAGAGAAUCAAAAAAGCCCGGCACCUUCUACUUCAAAUGAUCAAGGUGCUAGUGAAGUGACUAUAGAACCAAAAGUGGUUAAUGUUGAUAGCAGUGCUGAAAACAGUCCCGAAGCCAUCAUGGAGCCUUGCAGAACUAAUGAACCUGAACAGCCUGAGGUUGUCACAGAACCAGCCUCUCAACCCGAAGAGCCUAAAAAGGCAAAAGCGGAAUGUAAAGAGAAACCAAUUACGACGAUACGUAGCGCCAUAGAGAAAAUCCGGUUCCUCACGUUGACGCCCCAACAAUUCGCCGAGGGUCCCGCCCGCUCCACAUUGCUCACCGAGUCGGAGGCUUUCGCCGUUCUCAUGAACAUACUCUCGAGCAACUCCGACGUGCCAAUGCCAAGGGGAUUCUCCACUUGCAGAGUGCCAAGGAAACAAUUGAUCGGCGGUGGACCUUCUUGCAAUAUGCCCACGUUCACAGUCGACACGCCAAGCCCCGUGUCGGUGGAGCAGGCAUGGAACAUACCCAUCCCUUGCAACAUAUACCAGCGACCGCCGCGACAUGAUGGUGUCCGCAUCUCGUCCAUGGUCUACAACCAGGCCCACUCAGCCCUGGGCAUGGUGGAGCAGAUGGAGAGGAGUGCUGACCUGAACAAGAUAUACUGCCAGCGUCCCAUCAUCCAACACACGGACUGCCUGAACACGAGCGUUCUAGAUUGUUCUGUUACUUUUAUGGUGGAUAAGAACAUCUGCUUAUGGGGAGUCCAGGUGCCGACUCAAGCUCCGAGCGAGGAGGCCGGCGGCACGUCGGGUGGGGCGCUUGUGGGCGGCGGGGGACUGGUGGGGGGCGCAGGGGCGGGGGCGGGGGCGGGCUACUGCGAGCUGCUGUACGCGCACCUGCUUGACGCGGACGGCGCUCGGCUCACGUACACGCACUACACUAGCCGCGUGCCGUACCGCCACCUGCUCGACAUAAUGUUCAACAGGCCGGUGUACGUGCAGAGGAACAAGGUGUACAAAGUGGGCAUAGUGUUCAACAAGGUGGGCUGGUACCCGAUGGGCCGAUGCGCCCAGCAAGUGGCCGCCGAGUCUGUCUUCUUCAACUUCGGCAUCGGCCAGAGCAGCGAUUCAGUGCGUGACGGCCUAAUAAGGUCCAUUAUAUUCACCUAC